AUGGAGUGCUUUCUUGUUCUCUUCCUCUUGCUUGUGUGCGUGUGGCUGCGCGGGUCGCCGCCACCGCGCGACAGCACCUUUGGCUGCAGCCUCCACCAUGGUCUCCUACGCGGCCACAACGCGUCCUCGUACCUCACCAACGGUCAGCUGCGCUACCUCGUCGGCGAGCCGCACGACGUUGGCGCGAUCUACCAAGUCUGCGACCACGGCACACUCACUUGCUACGAAGAAGACGGCACCGCCGACGGCCACGUCGACGACGUCGUCGCGUGUCCACGCCACGCGCAGCGCCGCCUCGGUGUUGCCAGCGACAAGAAACGCCGGCUAUGGCCCGACGCCGUCCUCUGCUACGAGGUGGCGUCUGCCUUCACCGCGUCCGAACGCGCAGCUGUGUUUGCCGCCAUGAAGGUCCUCGCUUCGGACACUGGCCUCGCCUUUGUAGCGCGCCACGAGUGUGCUGCCGGUGCGACGAUCUGCGGUCACUGCCAGCACUACGUCUCGAUCGAGCAAGACCCAAGUGACAAGCGCGGCACGUUUGCCGAGGUGGGCUACCGCGGCAAGGCGGGCCAGAAGCUCAAUUUGCUUCCGCGGGCCUUCAACCAUGGCCUUGGCUCGCUCCUGCACGAGCUACUGCAUGCGUUUGGCGUCGUACACGAACACGCCCACCCGGCCGCGACUGCCGUCGUCCUGCGCAACACGCUGGGUCUUGUCGCGCGGAGCAACUACGUGCUCAUCAAGGAGGCGCUCGUCACCAUGUACGACGUGCACUCGAUCAUGCAUUAUGGCCACGGUCUCUGCCUCCCCAAGAAUCGCAGCAUCAAGUACUGCGCGAUUGACCAAAACGAACGCGAUGGCUGCGUCGUGGCGACGCCCGACGACUGCGACCACGAGCGCUCGAACGUCCUCGGCCAGCGCAGAGCGUUGAGCAAAGGCGAUGUGCGCAGCGUACAGCUGCUCUACGGCCUCGCGACUACCGUCACGCGCGACCAAGUGCAAGCGGCGUUGCAGUUGUCAGACGCGAGUCCGUAG